UGCAAGAAACCAACAACAACUUUGCAUUCCACAAAUCUUCCACGAAUCCGACCUGCCCUGAAGAAGUUUUGUGACCAUCUCGUGCGAGUAACCAUGGCCUACGAGCGGAACGGCGUCGGCGCCGGAAUGAAAGCGCUGAUGGACGAAAUGCCGAACUCCCUGCACGCCGAUGUCACCAAGUACCGAGACUUUGCGCUGCUUCGGCAGGCCGCCCUGCUGGACGUUCCGGAGCGGACCAAAUGUGACCGCCGGGCCGCUCAGCUGCGCCAGGAAGGGAAUCGUCUCUACCUGGAGAGGCUGUACGGUGACGCACUGGAGCGGUACAACGAAAGCAUCUGCUUCGCGGAACGCGACUCCGACCAGCUGGGAAUGGGAUUCGCGAAUCGGUCCGCCAUCUACUGCGAGCAGGGCGAGUUCGAGUACGCGCUGGCCAACAUUGCCCUGGCGAAGGCGCACCACUAUCCGGAGAAGUUGAUGCCGAAGCUGCUGGCCAGGGAGCAAAGCUGCCGUGCCAAGCUGGACGCCGGCCAGUCGAAGGGAACCGUGCCCAAUCCCCGGAUGGACGUGAACGUCAACGCGAACCCGAAGAUUCCCUUCGUGGCCGAUGGAGUCGGCAUGAAGCUUUACAAGCAGUUCGGACGCGGGUUGAUCGCCGAACGGGACUUCCAAGUCGGGGACAUCAUUUUGGACGAGAAACCGACGUUGGUCACGAACGCGCUUGGCUAUCGCUACACCAACUGCGCCAAUUGUUCCACCGGGUUCAACCACAGUCUGUUGCCCUGUCCGGGUUGUGUUUCGUACAUGUACUGCAGCGAGGAGUGCCUCCAAAGGGACAAACGGUUCGUCCAUCGCUUCGAGUGUGGCAUGGCGGAGAAGCUGCGCAACGCCAUGUUCUGCUCGACAAUAAUCGGUCCGAAGCUGUUUUUCUACGGAUUGACCCUGUUCGAUGAUGACCUGCAAGCUAUGAUGGAUUACUGUCACGGCGAGACGGCCCACGGCCUGGGAAAUCCGUUCGACAUGGACUUCCGCACGAAGGACCAGCUCGACCAGUUCAAGGUUCUACACAAGGCCGGAGUUCACCACAUCACGAUCCUUGAUCAAGUGCGCCGAGUUAGCGCCGCCGUGUUCUACGUGCUCUUCACCGAGCAUUCUCCACUACUUAAACGCCUCGUCACAACCCAAGCUCAACGGGACUUCGUUCUCAACUGUUUCCUGGAUUACACCCGCAAGUGUGGCGCCCUCCUACUGGAUUCAACCGAAAGCAGCACCGUGUCCCUAGUCGGUUCCAUCGUGAACCACUCCUGCGAUCCGAACGCCGUCCUCACCAUCCACGGUGGCCACAUCAAGCUGGCCGUGCUGCGUUCCAUCGCCAAAGGUGAACAAAUUCUGGCCUCGUACGGACCAACCUGGUGGCAGCCCAAACCCGACUACGAGUCGUGCUACAAGUGCAAGUGCGUCGUCUGUACCAAACCGAGCUGGUCCAUCAAGCAGGGCACACUUCCGCCGGCUGCCGUCCAGCAUGACCGUCUCAUUACGACGAUCAGCUGCAGCCCCGAGGCGAACUUUGCCGAUCGGCUGAACGUGAUGCAGCAGUUUCUUAACCGUUACGCGGCGUUCCACGCGGAUGUCGCCUACGGUGAAGUGCUCAAGCUGUACAAUCUGAUGCUGAAGGGAAUGAUCCAGCUGGAUCUGACGACGGGCGAACGGGCCAAGGUCGCGGCAAGCUUGAAGUGAGGAUUGAUCAACUAUCUUUUGACGCUCUAACAAAACUAUUGACUAAAAUAAUAAACUUGAAUUGAUUUGAAUUUUGAA